AAUAUAAAAUCAAAACUCCAAAGCUUACACCGUGCUUAUGUGUAUUUAAUUUACGCGUGUAACAUUCCAGCGUUGUCUCUUAUUGUAGGAGAAGACAUCAAUCAGCAGCUGCCCCGAUAAGUGAAGAGCGCGGGAGCUGUUGCCAAAACGUGCUGACAGCUGCAUACAUCAGCCCCGCACGACUCCUCCAGCCAGCCCGCUUUCCCACUUCCAAGACGGACGACACCGUAUAUAUUAAGACCCAACCGCCUUUGAUCGAGAGAGCUCCUGCUCUCUUCUCUUCUAUUAUUUUCAUCAUCUUAUCAAUUCCAUUCAUCAACCAUUCAUCAUGGCGACGCCCACUCCACCACCGCCCCGUGAACGUCGCCCAAGCACUUGUGCUCCUAUCUCUGACCUCAGAGGUCCGGUUGGACCACCAGGUUUUACUCGCCCAAAGCAUAAGAGGACUUUGACCGGCUUUGGAGCUGGCGAGAUUAAGAGCGUCGAAGCUUCCAUCCCGGAGAACCAGCGUACCGCCUGGAUGAAGUACCACACGCAACCCUUCACGACCACCGAGGAUUUCGAGAAGGAAGUCGUCCGCCAUGUCGAGACAACGCUUGCGCGCAGCAUGUUCAACUGCGACGAAACGGCCGCGUAUGCCGCUGCCAGUCUGGCCUUCCGAAACCGCCUGAUCACAGAGUGGAAUCGUACGCAGCAGAGACAAACCUUCGCGGAUGGGAAGAGGGUGUAUUACCUCUCGCUUGAGUUCUUGAUGGGGAGGGCACUGGAUAAUGCUAUGUUGAAUGUUGGGCUGAAGAACGUGGCUAAGGAGGGGCUGGCGGAUCUGGGCUUCCGAAUUGAGGAUAUUAUCGAGCAGGAACAUGAUGCUGCGCUUGGUAAUGGCGGUCUUGGUCGCCUUGCGGCGUGCUUUUUGGAUAGUUUGGCAUCGCUCAAUUACCCCGCUUGGGGAUAUGGGCUGAGGUAUCGUUAUGGCAUUUUUAAGCAGGAGAUUGUGGAUGGAUACCAGGUUGAGGUUCCGGAUUACUGGUUGGACUUCAAUCCCUGGGAGUUUCCCAGACACGAUGUUGUUGUCGAUAUCCAAUUCCAUGGCGAGGUCAGGAAGUAUCAUGAUGAGAAUGGCAAGAGUCGCGCUGUGUGGGAAGGAGGAGAACUUGUGAAGGCUACUGCAUACGAUGUUCCCAUUCCAGGUUUCGACACUUCGGUUGUGAACAACCUGCGUCUUUGGUCGAGCAAAGCAGCAAGUGGAGAAUUCGAUUUCCAGAAGUUCAACAGUGGUGACUACGAGAGCGCUGUCGCUGACGAGCAGCGAGCUGAGACCAUUUCUGCUGUCCUAUACCCCAAUGAUAACCUCGAACGUGGCAAGGAGCUCCGCUUGAAGCAACAGUAUUUCUGGGUCGCUGCUUCAUUGUAUGAUAUCGUGCGGCGAUUCAAGAAGAGCAAGCGUGCCUGGAAGGAAUUCCCUGACCAGGUUGCCAUCCAGCUGAAUGACACCCACCCAACUCUUGCCAUUGUUGAGCUGCAGCGCAUCCUGAUUGAUCUCGAAGGCCUCGAGUGGGAGGAUGCCUGGACCAUCGUUACCAAGACAUUUGGCUACACCAACCACACUGUUCUUCCUGAGGCGCUGGAGAAGUGGUCCGUUCCAUUGUUCCAGAACCUCCUUCCGAGACAUCUGCAGAUCAUCUAUGAUAUCAACCUCUUCUUCCUGCAGGCUGUGGAGCGUAAGUUCCCAAAGGAGCGUGAGUUACUGGCUCGCGUGUCUAUCAUUGAAGAAUCAUCUCCCAAGAUGAUCCGCAUGGCUUAUUUGGCUAUUGUCGGUUCUCACAAGGUUAAUGGAGUUGCUGAGCUCCAUUCGGAUCUUAUUAAGACUACGAUCUUCAAAGACUUUGUCAAGAUUUUCGGAGCUGACCGCUUCACGAAUGUCACCAACGGCAUCACCCCGCGCAGAUGGCUGCACCAGGCCAAUCCUCGCCUCUCGGAGCUUAUCGCUUCCAAGACUGGCGGCCUUGGGUUCCUCAAGGACCUCACUUUGCUGAACAAGCUUGAGGAGUUUGUGGACGACAAGGAAUUCAAGAAAGAAUGGGCUGAGAUCAAGCUUGCCAACAAAGUCAGACUUGCUAGACACAUCAAGGAUACGACCGGCGUCGUCGUCAAUCCCAACGCCCUCUUUGAUAUCCAGGUCAAGCGUAUACACGAGUAUAAGCGCCAGCAGAUGAACAUCUUCGGAGUCAUCCACCGAUACAUCACUAUCAAGUCCCUCUCGCCCGAAGAGCGCAAGAAGUUUGCCCCGAGAGUGUCUAUCUUCGGCGGGAAAGCAGCACCUGGCUACUGGAUGGCUAAAUCCAUCAUUCACCUGAUUAACAGCGUUGGAGCUGUCGUCAACAACGACAAGGAUGUCGGUGACCUGCUCAAGGUUAUUUUCAUCGCGGACUACAAUGUCAGCAAGGCUGAGGUCAUCAUCCCCGCCAGCGACGUGAGCGAGCACAUCUCCACAGCUGGCACCGAGGCUUCGGGAACUAGCAACAUGAAGUUCGUCCUCAACGGUGGUCUUAUCAUCGGGACCUGCGACGGCGCUAACAUCGAAAUAACCCGCGAAAUCGGCGAGCAAAACAUCUUCCUCUUCGGCAACCUCGCCGAAGACGUCGAAGACCUGCGCCACUCCCACACCUACAGCACCACGCCCCUAGACCCCUCCCUCGCCGCCGUCUUCGCCUUCAUCCGCACCAAUGCCUUUGGUCCCGCUGACAACUUCGCCGCCUUGAUCACGGCGGUGGAGGAUCAUGGGGACUAUUACCUUGUUUCGGACGACUUUCAUAGUUAUGUCCAAACGCAGGAGUUGGUGGAUCAGGCGUAUAAGGACCAGGAGGAGUGGGUGGGGAAGUGUAUUUUGGCAGUGGCGAGGAUGGGUUUCUUUACGAGUGAUAGGUGUAUUAGUGAGUAUGCGGAGAGUAUUUGGAAUGUAGAGCCGAUGGAGCCGCUGGGGGAUGAGUAGGUGAGUGCAUGGGAGGUCUUGGGGGGAUGCAAGCAAAGGCCAGGGACGGACGCAUUGGGUAUAUUUCUUUAGGAGGGGAAGGAACGAAGUAUAUGAUUAUCCUUACUCUGUAGCCACCCACAGCAGCCACGUCUCACCUCCUGUCUAUCCUGUAUGAUCUCCCGAGAUCAAGGCCCUUCCUCAGCCUCACGAUCUCUCAAACACGUGAAAGUAUCCCCGUCACGACCCGGAUCCGUCAUGCGAGUGGAAGCAGCCGUGGUGGAUUUAAACGGUACAACGGAGUAUACAUACAGUCCGCUGGGGUAUGUGUGAAGAAGCAUCAUGACGUACCCCGCAGCGACUCACAUCCCUAACUACAUUUGCCCCCCGCGGCCGCGAAGGGUCUAGGUUCCUGACUGGGUCCUCACUGGGUCGUGACGGGGCCUGGUAGGUCUAAGUGGCAUGGUUAUGACGUCGCCGCGGCUGGUAGGCUCGAGAGCUGGGAUGUUUGUUUUGGUGACACGCUUUUCCCGUCCUAAUUCCCUUGAGAGUUAGGGUUUGGAUGGGAUGGGAUGGGGGGGAUGGGAUGGGGG